UCCGCUGCGAGCUCGCGCCUCCCAAUUCCCGGAGCCGAGGAGGGCUCGCGGCGGCCUCUCCGCUGGGCUCCAGGUUGGGCUGACGGGCGCUGGGCCAGGGCGGGCGGGAGCGGGGAGAGGGCUUGCGCGGAGGGCGGUGGCCUGGGCUCGCCAAGCCAUGGCGGCCCCGGAGCCGGCGCCUAGGCGAGGCCGGGAGCGCGAGCGGGAGGACGAGAGCGAGGACGAGAGCGACAUCCUGGAGGAGAGCCCGUGCGGCCGCUGGCAGAAGCGGCGGGAGCAGGUGAACCAGGGGAACAUGCCGGGGAUCCAGAGCACCUUUCUGGCCAUGGACACGGAGGAGGGGGUAGAAGUGGUGUGGAACGAACUCCACUUCGGGGACAGAAAGGCCUUUUCGGCCCAUGAGGAGAAGAUCCAGACCAUGUUUGAGCAGCUGGCGCUGGUGGACCACCCCAACAUCGUCAAGCUGCACAAGUAUUGGCUGGACGCCUCUGAGGCCCGGGCGAGGGUCAUCUUCAUCACAGAAUACGUGUCGUCUGGCAGCCUCAAGCAGUUCCUCAAAAAGACCAAGAAGAACCACAAGGCCAUGAACGCCCGGGCCUGGAAGCGCUGGUGUACGCAGAUCCUGUCUGCACUCAGUUUUUUGCACGCCUGCAGUCCCCCCAUCAUCCAUGGGAACCUGACCAGCGAUACCAUCUUCAUUCAGCACAAUGGCCUCAUCAAGAUUGGCUCUGUGUGGUACCGCAUCUUCUCCAAUGCGCUUCCUGAUGAUCUCCGGAGCCCCAUUCGAGCCGAACGGGAGGAGCUUCGAAACCUGCACUUCUUCCCACCAGAGUACGGUGAAGUCAAUGAUGGGACUGCUGUGGACAUCUUCUCCUUUGGGAUGUGUGCGCUAGAGAUGGCUGUCCUGGAGAUCCAAGCCAAUGGGGAUACCCGGGUCACAGAAGAGGCUAUUGCUCGGGCCAGGCACUCACUGAGUGAUCCCAACAUGCGGGAGUUCAUCCUCUCCUGCCUGGCCCGGGACCCUGCCCAACGACCCUCUGCCCACAAUCUUCUCUUCCACCGGGUGCUUUUUGAGGUGCACUCGCUGAAGCUGCUGGCCGCCCACUGCUUCAUCCAGCACCAGUACCUCAUGCCUGAAAAUGUGGUAGAAGAGAAGACCAAGGCCAUGGACCUACAUGCAGUCUUGGCUGAGAUGCCCCAGCCCCAUGGACCCCCAAUGCAGUGGCGGUACUCAGAGGUCUCCUUCUUGGAGCUGGACAAAUUCCUAGAGGAUGUCAGGAAUGGGAUUUAUCCACUGAUGAAUUUUGCGGCUGCUCGGCCCCUGGGACUUCCCCGUGUGUUAGCCCCACCUCCAGAGGAGGCCCAAAAGGCCAAAACCCCAACACCAGAACCCUUUGACUCAGAGACCAGGAAGGUGGUCCAGAUGCAGUGCAACAUGGAGAGAAGUGAAGACAAGGCUCGGUGGCAUCUCACUCUGCUUUUGGUGCUUGAGGACCGCCUACACCGGCAGUUGACCUAUGACCUGCUCCCAACCGACAGUGCCCAGGACCUCGCCGCUGAACUAGUGCACUAUGGCUUCCUGCACGAGGUGGGCAGGGGUAUGCUACGGGUUUGGAAAGGUGCAGGGUCUGCCAAGCUGCCCAAUACUACCAUACUUCCCCACCCGUCUACUGCAGGACGACCGGACAAAGCUAGCAGCUUUUCUGGAGACCACUUUUCUCAAGUACCGUGGGACACAAGCUUGACCUUUCCAGUCCUGGCACCCAGCAGGGAUACCAGGGCUCAGGGUUGUCCACUUGGCAAAGAGCCCCACACUGCUCAGAGCUGCCUUCUGCCUGUGUUCCCUGGAACCGAACACAGAUCCCGCUAGUCAAGACCCCACCCCUAGCUUUCUGCAGCAGUGUGGGACCCUGGGGUGGUGAUGAAGCCCUGAGCCUAGAUGGCAGUGGAGGUUAUAGGUCAGUUAGGGAAAUCACUCCAUCUGGUAUUAGACAAUAGCCAUGCCUUCAAGUGGCAUAGAAACCUAGGGAAGGAGCCUGGACUCAAAAGUAGUAAAAUCCCUUUAGGUGUCAGACACAAUGCUGGGCAUCAGGCAGACCAGAUGUGAUUGGAGAAUCAGAGAUUAGAGAGCUUGGACUUGGAUCCAUGGCCAGCAACCCCCUGAUCCCACUCAGACCAGUCCUGGCCCUUGCAGACCUGUCUUGAGCCCUGUCUCUGAUCUUCCGCACACUUGAGACCAGGACCUCAAAGCCUUGUCUUCCCCAAAGCCCUCCAGCAGGAUCUUUCUAGUCUUCAUACCCUGUCCUCGGAGGUCAGACAUCCUCUGCACCUUUUCCCUGGGGAGCUGUGUUUAAACUCUGGGGAUGCGGGCUUCCCUUUUUCUCCCAAAGUCGUGGUAGAAUCCUUCCCUCACAACCACCCUGAUUUCUUGGUUCUUGAGCUGCCUCUCUUCCAACUUCAAAUUUAAAGUCUUAAACAUUUUUAAAUGUACAUUCAAGUUUCAAACAACCAGAUUCCUUUUUAAACAUUUCAUGUGUGAAACCAGAAAAGCUCACUAUUGUAUUAAUAGUUUCAUGUUGCUGCUGUGACACUUAUCACAAACUGUGUUUGCCAUGACACAAACACAGUUCUGCACAUCAGAAGUUUGAUACAAGCUCUCACUAGAUUAAAACCCAGAUGUCUGUGGCUAAGUUCCUUUCUGGAAGUGAGGGGGCUCACUUCCUGCUCCUUCAGGCUAUUGGCAGAAUUCACUUCCCUGCCAUGGUAAGGCAGAAAUUCCUAAUUUCUUACAGUGGCCAAUUAUGAACAUUUCUCAGCUUCUAGAGGCCACCAACUUUUUUUUUUUCUUAGCUCUCUUUUCUCCACCUUCAGACCAGCAAGCAGCUUCAAGUUGAAUCUUUGUCAUGGACUAGCUAUCUGGUUUUCCACUGCCAAGAAGGUGGGGACCUUUUGUGAAUAGGUUGGACCCACCCAGAUAACCUAGGAUGAUGUCCUUCUCAGGGUCUGUAGAUUAACCACACCUGCAGAGCACCUUUUGCUAUGGAGACUAAUCAUCCUGGGCUCUGGUGCCUAGAAAAUGGACAUAGGCGAUUGGGUGUUGUUGUGUUGCCUACCAUAACAUCUUCACUGAAACCAAAACCUAAAAUAAAGCAGAUUUGUCACGGAAUAUCUAAUAAAUGAAAUGAACUAUGA